AUAGAGAACGAUCAACUUCCUACACACACCACAUAUUUCUCUCCCGCCUAAUCCUCCGCGUUUCCAAGCCCACGCGCCGAUCUUUCCUUCCUCCUACUUGUCCUCCGGCAAUACUUAGAGUAACUCAAAACUAAUAAGAAGCUCCUCGCCAUCUCUCUCUCCUCUUUCAAAUAAUUAGUUGUCUAUGGCUUCUCUCUACAAGUUCAUCUCAGCCACUCCGCUCUCCGUUUCGCUGCCGAAUCAUCACAUGCCACCCACGCGCCGCCGUUUCCGAUUACCGUUAGCAACGCUUGCCUCAUCGUCUCCGGAGUCAUCAGCAUCAUCGACCUCUAACUCGAUUCCUGUUAACGGGAACACGUUGCCCAAUUCUUAUGGAACAGCUCGCGGUAAAGGUGUGGAUGAUAACAGCCCAUUUGCUCGCUUCUUUCGUUCCACCGAAUCCAACGUUGAAAGGAUCAUAUUUGAUUUCCGGUUCUUGGCGCUCUUGGCAGUUGGAGGUUCCCUGGCUGGUUCGCUACUCUGUUUCCUCAAUGGGUGUGUCUACAUCAUGGAAGCAUAUAAAGUCUAUUGGACUAACUGUGUCAAAGGCAUCCACACCGGCCAAAUGGUUUUACGCCUGGUCGAAGCUAUAGAUGUUUAUCUGGCUGGGACUGUGAUGCUAAUAUUUAGUAUGGGUUUGUAUGGACUCUUCAUCAGCAACUCGCCUUCUGAUGUCCCUACGGAAUCAGACCGUGCCCUUAAAGCCUCUUCUCUCUUUGGAAUGUUUGCCAUGAAGGAGAGACCGAAAUGGAUGAAGAUCAGCUCACUGGAUGAGCUGAAAACCAAAGUUGGACAUGUUAUUGUCAUGAUUCUUCUAGUGAAGAUGUUUGAAAGAAGCAAGAUGGUUACUAUCGCCACCGGAUUGGAUUUGCUUAGUUAUUCCGUUUGCAUUUUCUUGUCCUCUGCUUCUCUCUAUAUCCUCCAUAAUCUCAACAGAGGAGAGCACUGAGUGAAACCCAUUUUUAUCUUCUCCAUUUGUACAUACCCGUAUCCAAUAAUAAUAUUAAUGAUUGUAAGAACAACCCAACUUUCUUAUUUAUUUAUUUUUCAUUCACUAGA